AGCAUCGCUAGCAAGUACAGAGCAUCUGGUGAGGAUAAACAGAGCACUUUGGACAGCAUCGACUCAAGCAAAAUGAACCAGACGUUUACAGAAGAAUACGACUACAUUGAUUAUUUCUAUGACGAAGAUGAAGACAUUUGUCUGCAUUGUUCUAAUGUAAAGCUGAGGAAUUCUAUGAGAGUGAGUUCUCAGGUCUUCUUCUACCUGACCUUGAUCCUUGGUGUUCCUGGAAAUGCCUUUGUUGUGUAUGUUGCUGGAAUUAAGAUGAAGAGGACUGUUAAUACAGUAGGGUUUCUCAAUCUAGCAAUUGCUGACCUCUUUUGUUGCCUUUCCACUAUUUACUAUGUGGCAGAAAGCUUACUUGAAGAAAACUGGCUGUAUGGAUCUGUCUUCAUGUGCAAGAUUCUCCCCUUCAUUAUGCUCAUCACCAUGUUUGCCAGUGUUUUCACCUUGAGCUUAAUUAGUCUGGAUCGGUUUACUCUGGUGAUCACACCGGUUUGGGCCAAAAAUCAUCGCAGCCUGUUACUUGCACGACUGUCCUCUGUAGCGGCCUGGGUUCUGGCUUUAAUUCUUAUUCUGCCUUUUAUGAUGUUUAGAGAGACUUCCACAGAUAACACAAACCACUGCCUGCUAUAUAAAUUUGAUAAAGAACAAAUGUAUAGAAGGUUAAGCGUCAUCACAUUUGUGUUUGGUUUUUUGAUUCCUCUCAUAUGCAUUACAACAUGCUAUGGAUUCAUCGCACACAAGUUAGGCAGGAGUCAUUUUAACUCUGGACGAGCAUUUCACAUCAUGUUGGCUAUUAUUGUGGCUUUUUUUCUGUGCUGGUUGCCAUAUCACAUAGUGCAUUUGAUUAUCAUAUACAAGGAGACAUCAAGUGUCUUGGUGGCUCUGGCAGUGGAUCCGUUGGCCAUUUCUUUGGCAUAUGUCAACAGCUGCCUGAACCCCAUUCUGUAUGUUUUCAUAGGGCAGGAUUUUAAAAGCAAUGUUAAGCUCUCUCUAAGACAUGUUUUUGAAAGAGCUUUCUCUGAGGAGGGAACGCAAGUGUUACGAUCCACCCAGACACAACAAAUGCACUUAGUGUAGUGAAGAUAUGAACUAAUUUAUUUAGUCUUUUCUGAUUGAUUUUUAUUACUUUUAUUACUUUAUUAUACUGUUAUUACUAAUGAAUAUGCAUAAUUUACAGGUUGCAUUUGUGAGUAUAACAAAAGCAGAAUUGAUUUUACUUUUGAUUAUCAGUGAUUAAUUUUAUAAUUUUGCUGUUAC